UCAUUGGCACACAGUGUCAUGCAAAAUGGCAUCUUCAACACUGUGUUUCGUUCUUCUCCUUUCUCUGAUGUUGUUCCAUAAUUUCCAUGCUUCGUCUUCUUUAUCUCUUUCCGUCGAAAACUUCAAAAAAGAUGUGAUAGAGUCAUCGCCGGAAAAAACAUUCACAGCAGGCUUUUACGCCGUCGGAGAAAACGCUUUCUGCUUCGCAAUAUGGUACACGCGCUCACCGGACACCGUCGUUUGGAUGGCCAACCGGGACCAGCCGGUUAACGGAAAACGCUCCACGCUAUCCCUUCUCACGACCGGCAACCUCGUACUCACCGACGCCGGCCAGUUCCAAGUGUGGUCCACCAACACCGCCGCCGAAUCCAGACAAGUCCAGUUACGUUUGCACGACAACGGCAACCUCGUACUCCUCGAAAGCCGGAACAGUUCCUCCGAGGUUGUGAUGUGGCAGAGCUUCCAUUUCCCAACCGACACGCUUCUUCCCGGACAAUCUCUGACGAAGAGCAGCAGCCUGGUUUCCUCGAGAAGCGGGAGCAACUACUCCUCCGGUUUCUACAGGCUCUUCUUCGACUCCGAGAAUGUUCUUCGCAUCAUGUACCAGGGUCCUCAAGUUUCCAGCGUUUAUUGGCCGGACCCUUGGCUUCAGAAUAACAACUUCGGGAACGGUGGCGCCGGAAACGGUAGAUCCACUUACAACGAUAGCAGGGUCGCCGUGCUUGAUGAUUUGGGGUACCUGGUUUCUUCCGAUAACUUCACUUUCAGAAGCAUUGACUACGGCACGGUGCUGCAACGGAGGUUGACCCUCGAUCACGACGGUGGUGCGAGGAUGUACAGCAGGAACAAUGGGGAAGAGAAGUGGACAAUGGCAGGGGAAUUUCGCUCGCAUCCAUGCUACGUUCAUGGGAUUUGUGGGGCUAACAGUUAUUGCAAAUACGACCCUCCCAGUGGAAGAAAGUGUUCGUGCCUUCCAGGUCAUUCCUGGGUUGAUAGCGAAGACUGGUCUCAAGGUUGCAAACCAACCUUCGAGAUUUUGUGCAGCAGCAACAACAACAGAACCGAGGACGAGACUCGCUUCCUGCGCAUACCUGAUGUUGAUUUCUACGGAUACGACUAUGGAUACUUUGGAAAUUACACCUAUCAACAGUGUGAGAAUCUCUGCUCGCAGAUGUGCGAAUGCAGAGGGUUUCAACACAGCUUCUCAGUGGAAAAUGCUUUCUUUCAGUGCUACCCGAAGACCCAUUUGCGUAAUGGGAAUAGUCAACCAGGUUUCAUGGGGUCAUUCUUCCUGAAACUUCCUUCAUCUUCUCGUGUUGAGUUUGAGAACAACAUAAAAAAGAAUGGCUUGGUUUGUGGGGGAGAUAGUGAUCAGGGCGCAGAGCUGCUUCACAGAUCGUAUGUCAAAGAGGGAGAAAAUGGAUCGGUGAAGUUCAUGCUGUGGUUUGCAAGCGCCUUGGGAGGAGUUGAACUGGUGUGCAUCUUUCUGGUGUGGUGUUUCUUGUUUAGGAAUAACAGAACGUUACCCUCAGGUGCUGAGGGACAAGGGUAUGUUCUUGCAGCGGCUGUGGGAUUCAGGAAAUUCAGUUACUCUGAGCUGAAACAAGCCACCAAAGGUUUCAAUGAAGAGAUAGGAAGAGGUGGUGGAGGUACAGUGUAUAAGGGUGUCUUGGAAGAUAAUCAAAUCGUGGCGAUAAAAAGAUUACACGAAGUAGCAAACCAAGGAGAGAGUGAGUUUCUGGCAGAGGUAAGCAUCAUUGGAAGGCUUAACCACAUGAACUUGAUAUGCAUGUUGGGGUAUUGUGCAGAGGGAAAGCAUAGGUUGUUGGUUUAUGAGUACAUGGAGAAUGGUUCUUUGGCUCAGAACCUUUCAUCAGCUUCAAAUGUGCUUGACUGGAGCAAAAGGUAUAUCAUUGCCCUGGGAACAGCAAGGGGUCUGGCAUACUUGCAUGAAGAAUGCUUGGAGUGGAUUCUGCAUUGUGACAUCAAGCCACAAAAUAUACUUCUUGACUCUGAUUACAAACCAAAAGUAGGGGAUUUUGGGUUGUCUAAGCUACUUAACAGGAACAACCUCAACAAUUCAAGCUUUUCAAGGAUACGAGGAACAAGAGGUUACAUGGCACCUGAAUGGGUGUUCAACCUGCCAAUCACUUCCAAGGUGGAUGUCUACAGCUAUGGCAUUGUUGUGUUGGAGAUGAUCACUGGAAGGAGUCCAACAACAGGUGCUCCAAUCACAGAGUUAGAAGCAGAGUCAACUCAUCAUGAGAGGUUGGUGACAUGGGUGAGGGAGAAAAGGAUGAAAGGAUCAGAAAAUGGAUCAUCUUGGGUGGAUCAAAUUGUUGACCCUGCUUUGGGAACAAACUAUGACAUGAAUGAAGUGGAGAUAUUGGCAACAGUGGCUUUGGAAUGUGUGGAGGAAGAGAAAAAUGCUAGGCCCAGCAUGAGUCGAGUAACAGAGAAGCUGCAGAGUCAUAUGCACACGAUUGUUGAUGUUUUGAACAAAGAAUAGCCAUGCAUCUCUCCUAUGACAGCAAAGUUCUUGUUCUUGAUAAUACUACAAUUAAUAUUUUUAAUUCAGUUAGGGACUGUGAUCCUCUUUGUUUUGAUUUGUUUGUUACCAUGUUGUUCUCUUGUUAAGUAGCAGAGUUAAAUUAGUGUGUAAAACCAGUUUGAAUAUUGUUUUUUUGUCUCUUCCAAAGGAAUAAGAUUAGUGACUUUUUCUUUUCU